CAGAAAACAACUGCGAUCGAAGCAUAACACUUCUGGCUGUUUGUCGUGUCAUUCAGCCGAGAGUUUAUUGGGCGACUAUUGCGUUUCACCAUUGCUUGAAAAGGAAGGUUAUAGAGCUUGCUGUGACAAUUUGUCGACUCUACAGACGACCGUAAAAAGAAAUAGUUGUCGCGAAAGUUUGUCUCGGUUCGAUUGAGGGAUAAAUUUACAAUUUAAAUCUCCGGCAACGGUGAGUCGAUUUUUUUUGCUGUGAACUGCCAGGAUGGGUCAGACGGAAAGUCGUCGGUGCAGAAUUUGUGCUACAAAGUUGAAUCCGAAGAAGAAACAGGACAUGGAACAAUCACUGUGUUCAAAGUAAGUAGCUAUUGUGACAUGAAUAAAUCACUGUGAACGUGGAGAAAUUUGUGAUGUUUUGAUUAUCGUAUAUCUAAGCUUUGACACAUGGAUAUUUUAAACCAAGAUUGUCGUAAAAGCUUAUCUUUACCCAAUGUACUGUGUAAAUAAAUAUAUUUUCCAAUACUAGGCAAAAAUAUCUAGUUUCUAAUGGCUACCAAGGAAGCACCUUUACUGCAAAUUCGAACUUUACAAAAUUUGGCUUUGAUUCUGCUUGAGUUACCAUUCAUGCUAAAAUUGAUAGGUCCAACACAGAAAAAGCAAACAAUGUAAUCUUCGCAGCAAAGGCAGUCAUUUUUACCUGAAUGCAUGACCAAGUGGUCAAAAAGUAGACGAGAAAGUUCAGAUCUUUGCCAGUUGCCGUUCUUUUAACCGUAGUUCUAAAUAUUAUGUAUGUGUUGGGGAAGCAUUGCAAGGAAAACGCGAACAGCCAAGUUGUCUCGUUUGUCGGUUUCCAAUCGGCGAGAACAUGUCGAUAAAAAAAAAAUUUAUCAAUUAUCUUACAAUAUUGAAAUAUUUCGCCCUGGUUAGUUUUUAGCAAAACAACGAACCUGCUAAUUUUGGAAUGAAAAUAUUAUGUGAUAAGUUUUACGUCAGUAUCUGAAAUGAAGAUUUCGUUUUUUCUUCUGUGAAUAUUUGAUAGUUUUACGUCAUGCAGAAUGAAACCAUUGUUUUUAUAAACUGUGGUUGCGUUAAAAAGAAAUACGUACUCUGUAUUCAACCAAGACGAGAUGAUUUUUCGGUAGAAUUUUUUAGAAAAUUACAGAUUUUUGGUGGGUUUGAGAGUUUGUUAACAAAAAAAAAUGCUUAAAAUGCUUGGACUAAAAUUUAACCAUCAGAAGUCAAUUCUUAACACAUUUAAAAGAGAAAUACACAAUCCGCAAGUGUAAAAGAUCUUCGAGGCAUUUUUAGAAGGUCGUGUUUCAAAAUUCUGGCGGAUUUCAUGAUUAUGAUUUCAUUGAAAAUUUGACAGAAUUAUGUCCCUUUUUUAUUUUGAUUUGCUUUGAUAUUUGCUCAAUAAUUAGAACACUAAAUCUAAUUUUCUUUUUGAUUUGUUCUAUUAUAAGAUAAUAAUUUUAGGUCAAAACCCAUGACUGAUUAAUUUUUUAUUUAAAUAAUUGUCCAUAGCCAUAGAAUCGUCCUCAAGCGCCGUGUUUGAAGUGUUCCUAUAACGUGGUCAACUUUGCGUGAGAAACAUUCGUGAUUCAAAACCGAAAAGGAAAACCAACCAACCACUAUUUAACCCUUUAGCUCCCAAGAUCUCAUUGGUAAUUCUCCUUACUGUCUGCCAUAUAGUUCUUGCGAUGUUAGUUUGGAGAAUUUGGUAUUGGAUCAACUAAUAAUCCCCCUAAUUAGUAUUUAUCUUUAUUCUCAUCAGUUGUCUGCUUGAUAUUGUAUUGUAAGGAGAAAUUCUGUCUUGAUCACUCAUGGAAGUUAAAGGAUGAACAGAUAAGACAGACCGAGAAACUGUCACCUGUUACCCCAAAAAAUGACUUGUGGCUGCCUUAUAGUUAUCGCGAGCGGGGGUUGCACUUCGUUUGCCUGUGUCUAGGUUUUCAGGGAACCAUUUAGUGUCUUACUCAUUUUUAUGGAAUUAAAAAGAAAUGCAACACUGAAAGGGUUGGUGCAACUACAUAAAAAAGCGAAAAGAAACCGUUUUCGAUGAUUAUUGCUCCAAUUUUUUUUUAACAAAACAGACGCUUUCUCAGUGUCUGGAUACCUUUGCCCAACCAUCGUAGACUAACAUACGUCCAUUUAAUAGAUCAUGUUGUAACAACUUGAAGUGAGAAUAUUAUUUCUCUAAUCACGCUAAUUCUUGUCAAGUAUGAAACGGUGUCAAAUUCAAGCACGUACGAAAAACAGGUGAUGGCGCGUUUUGGGCGCAUUCCCUUUUGUAGUUCUGUUCUAUGAGCAUUACUUUGAUUUAGCCACAUUAAAAAGAGCAAAUUGUGGUUAGCAAAUGUUAAGCAGUAAUGAAAGGGUUAAAUCCUUAAAGUUGUUCUAGGAGCGAAUUCUUCGUAGGUUAUCAACAUCGGCAAAUUUUGUCGCAGAGAGAUCUCCUUUUUUUAGAAGUGGUUUAUUAUUUUUUUUGGUAGGGGAAUUCUUGUCCCAUCUUUUCAACCAAUCUAUCGGAUAAAUUGGUGAAGGAUAAAGACAUGGGGUUGUAAGUGCGAUUUUUAAACCAAAUUAAAAUAAGACUUCGUUUACUGGUAGACUGGUAAAUUUAAAAUGAUUUACUUUGGUGUUUCAAAGGUGCAGGAAAAAGGGAUCAAAGGCACUGUGGGAGAACAGGUCAACUCUAAAGUCAAUUGUCUUUGGAAAAGGAAAAAAAGAAAAAAAGAAGAAAAAGAAAGGGAAAAAACAGAAGAAGAAGAACAAGAACAAGGGGGAAUAAGAACGAGCGGCAUUCUUGAACGAGUAGUAAACGACGGAAAUGUUAGUCUUUCCUUGUUGAUAACAGUUCAUCAUUAAGGUGACCCCAUUGUAAAUAGAAUUCCCUCACAGUAUUGUAACUGCGGUAAAUCAGGGAAACUUUGUUAUUUGCAAUUUAUGGAUUUCAGAUACCUUGUCGUGGCUAUUCACGGGAAAGUUUGCUUGUAUUGGAAAUGCGUGGUUUCUUUUAAGUAAUAGUCUCGAUGACGUUUUCAUUACAAGAUUUAAUUGACGAAUUAGCCAGAAAAAAGUCUGGUUGAUUUUUUGUGGUUAAAGAAACAAAUCAGAUUUUCUGUACAGUAAUCAAUG